GUCCGUUUGUCAAAGCGCCCAAACCGCUUCAGAGGCGAUGGUCUUCGACCACCACCAGUUUGUGUAAUAUUGCACAGCUUUUCACCGUUAUAGUUUUUCGACUAUUUUAAGUUCUUUUUCUCGUUUCCUGACCUUUUUCCUCAUUUAGUUUAGAGCUAAGGGAGACCAUCCAUCACUGCUGAUCGUAGGUACAUUUCACCCCCUUGAGGGGAUCAGACCCAGUUCCUGUUGGACAAGCGAAACAAGCCAGCUUGCGACGUUGCGUUUCGCAACAGUAGCAGCAAUGGCUGAUGGUGGGGAAGGUUCGUCGUCUGCUAGUUCCGCUAGACAUCAAAGUUUCGAGCAAUUCGUGUCACAAUUUGCCGCGCGAGCUUCCGUACACGAUUUUUCCAGCCAAAAUGGAGCUGGAGAAUCGGGAGCGCCAAUGGCUGCACCUGAAUCAUCCAAUUUGAAACCAACAGCGACAGAGUUUUUCCCCCGCUUCCCGAAACAUAACCUGCGGGAUCAGGAUCAAAGCAAUGGUCACAGUGACGCUAGGAGUGAAGAGCGUGCGAAAGGAGCGGUUCGAAGGCAGUAUGAUGGAUCGAAGUGGAACAAUGGACGGAGAAACAAUCGUAACGGGGUCCGCAAUGGAUUUGGGAGGAACAGAGAAUCAAAUUUGAACACCUUUCGUGAUAGGAGAGAGGGCGAUGACGAAGGAAGGUUUUAUGAAGGAUCGAAUUACUCGGAUCGAAGGGACCUGGGGAAUGGUUUUAGGCCACAUCAACAGAAUCGACCAUUCCAGCAGAAUGGUAGAUGGAAGCCACAUUCGGGCAAUCGGUAUGGUGGUGGUCGGAACGGACGUGAUCAAAGACAAGAGCAAGACAAUUACAACGGACAGUUUAACACAAAUCGCGAAGUUCAUAAGGAGAUUGAGAUGAAGGAACGAAGACCUAACGUUUAUCAGCGGAAUAGAGCGCGUUUGGAUAAGUUGGAGGCUAGAAUCUUGUCCAAAUGCUCUCAACGUGAGAAGCUUACACGCGAGCUGGAAUCUUCCAAACUGGAAUGUCUCGUAUGCUGUGAGUUAGUAAGACCGGCGCAACCCAUUUGGUCAUGUCCCAAUUGCUAUCAUGUGCUACAUCUCAACUGCACUACCAAAUGGGCCAGCAGCUCCAAAUCCGACGAAGGUUGGCGCUGUCCGGCUUGUCAGAACAUAACGCAAAAGAUCCCACGAGAAUAUUAUUGCUUCUGUGGCAAGCAGAAGAAUCCACAGUACAACCGAACUGAUGUGGCACAUUCCUGCGGGGAGCUGUGUGCUCGGGAAGAGUUGUGUGAACAUCCGUGCACACUGCUUUGCCAUCCGGGACCUUGUCCUCCGUGUCAGGCUAUGGUCCAGCGCAGUUGUGGGUGCGGUAGAUCCGUUAAACCCAUGCAAUGUAGCCAAAAAGAAGAGAUUAUGUGUGAAUCGAUUUGCGAAAAACCUCUGAACUGUGGGAUCCAUAGUUGUCAGCAGAAAUGCCACAGCGGUGAGUGCAACGAAUGUGUCGAGACUUUAGAGCACGAGUGCCACUGUGGGAAGGAGAAGAAAAAUGUUAGCUGUAAUGUUAUCAACUUGGACAACACCCGAUUUAGUUGUGGGAAGGUCUGUCAAGCCGAGCUUGAUUGUAAAAAUCACGAAUGUAUGGCAAUUUGUCACAAGGGGCCUUGUGGGAAAUGUGCACUGUCGCCUGAGAUGGUAACGUCAUGUCCUUGCGGGAAACAAGCCGUUGCUUCUGAUGAGCGUUUGACAUGUUUGGAUCCGAUUCCGUUGUGCAAAGGCGUUUGUGGGAAGCAGUUGAUUUGUGGGAACCCAGGAUCGCGUCAUUUGUGCACUGCGCGCUGCCACUUGGGUCAAUGUUCCGCAUGCAAUAAAUCAACGGUUGUGAAAUGUCGCUGCGGUCAUAUGGAUCAGCAGAUCAAAUGCAAAGAGUUGGAGAGUCGUGGCGUGGGUAUAAAGUGUAAGAAACGCUGCACAAAAAUGAGAUCUUGUGGUAAACACAAAUGCAACCAGGAAUGCUGCAUUGAUAUCGAUCACAUCUGUCAUAAAACAUGCUCGCAAAUGCUAUCCUGCGGUCGACAUCGUUGUGACAAGCCGUGUCAUAAAGGAUCCUGCUCAGCUUGUCAUCGGACGUCUUUCGAUGAGUUGACCUGUGAGUGUGGGGCAAGCGUUAUUUUCCCACCAGUGCCUUGCGGAACGAAAAAACCUUUAUGCGAUAAACCUUGCACCAGACCCCACCGGUGUACCCAUCCCGUGCUCCAUAACUGCCACUCGGAUCCGGAUUGUCCACCGUGCGUGGUUUUAACCAGUCAAUUCUGCUACGGGAAACAUGAGCAACGCAAAACGAUUCCCUGCUAUCAGGAUUCGUUCAGCUGUGGGCUUCCAUGUUCGAAACCACUGCCAUGUGGCCGCCACAAGUGCAUCAAACCCUGUCAUGAAAAUGAAUGCUUCACCGAAGGAGCGAUUUGCAAGCAGUCUUGUACAACCACGCGUACGGGCUGUCCCCAUCAGUGCAAAGCACCCUGUCACGAUGGCGAAUGUCCAACGGAUUUGCCAUGCAAGGAAAUGGUCGAGGUCCAAUGUGAGUGCGGAAAUCGCAAGCAAAUGAGAACGUGUUACGAUUUUAGCAAAGAAUACCGCCGGAUAACUUCCGCCCAAUUGGCUUCCUCGAUGCUGGAGAUGCAACGUGGCGGAUCGGUGGAGCUCAGUGAUAUAAUUGGACCGGUUAAGCCGAAAAACAACAAAACCCUGGAAUGCAGCGAGGAAUGCCGACAGUUGGAACGCAACCGACGGCUCGCCAUCGGGCUCCAGAUUCGCAACCCGGAUAUCUCCGCCAAGCUUCAGCCCAACUAUUCGGAAUUUUUGAAGACCUUCGCCAGAAAGGACCCGGCGCUAAUCAAAAUGAUUCACGAAAAACUCUCCGAGCUGGUCAAGUUGGCCAAAGAAAGCAAACAGAAAUCUCGCAGCUACUCGUUUCCGGUUAUGAACCGGGAGAAGCGUCACGUGGUGCACGAAAUGUGUGCGAUGUUUGGCAUCGAAUCGGUAGCCUACGAUGCCGAACCGAACCGGAAUGUUGUCGCCACUGCGGAUCGUUUCAAGUCCUGGCUACCGAGCAUGAGUCUGUUGGAGGUUCUUCAGCGCGAGAACGGCCAGCGGCGUGUCAUUGUACCCAACUUAAAUGCCUGGGGGAGGACGGCCAACAGCACGAAAUGAGAGCGUUUUCUUCAUUUUUUUCCCACGUAUAUUUUGUUCCAAUUUCUUUUAUUCAUUGUUUUUCUAUUCAGCAUACCUAGCGAGUUAACCGAUUCUUUGGAAAAAAUCGUUUUUAUUAAAUAACUCCUACGGCUCGUGCCUGUCUGCAAAAAAGAUGAAUCGUUUUCAGUUGUAAUCUUUUCGAAAUUAUCAAUACAUAAACUCAUUCCGGGGAAAAGGUAAUCAUGUGUUCGAGAGGACUCAGUUUCUUUGAUUUAUCGUUUGAUAAAAGAUAUUCCCUGAUUAUCAACAUGA